CUGCGUAUUCAAGACUCGUGGAGCUUCAAGAUCAGACGCGACGAGCACAGUCCACGCCACGUUUUCUAAGCACAGGCCACGCCACGCAAUGAUGCCCCAAGCCAAGUUCUCCAAUGCAACCGACCAUGAAUGAUGUCUAUCGCGAGGUGAAGGAAGGUCCAUUCCGCGGACUCCGUAUGGAAGGCGUGUGCCAAGCAGCCGGCCGACGACGUGGCGGAGUCCAAGGCACGGUACGCUUUGUGUCUCUUGUCGGGCGCCCCUAGGGGACCCUGUCGUUCGGUUCUACGACUGAGGGGGUUCAGCAUGAGGGCUUGUCGUCUUCGUUCAUUUUGCCAUUUCAACGCGAAAAAGAGAGGUUUUUAUAUUAAAUAGGCCUUCCCUCUCUUACGCUGUUGAAGGGCUUAAGAAAGUUGACGACAUGGUGCGGGAUGGAGUCCGGGACGUGCUGGGACGUGCUUCGGACUCGCCUUUGCCGUUAGUCUGACGGCUCGCACUUAACUUGAUGGGUUAACCCUCUAUGCUCUCCGGCGGCUGUCGUAGAAGAUUAGGCACUGAAGUAGAUGAUGUUACAACAAACAGCAUCGAUGGAAAGACCACCUCCCAAUGGAAGGAAGAGGAUCGGUGCGAUGGGGCAUGCUUGAGGAGGGCUGAAGAUGCACGAUCGUGGCGUGACAGACGUCUGGGGAUGGAUUCGGACGCGAGCAAGAUGUGUGCCGCAUUUAGGGAAGAGCAUCCGGGAGACCAGUGUGAAGCAGAGCCAAGAACACCGCAGAGAGCCCAGCGUGACGAAGACCCCACUAUGCAGAGGUUUGAACAUGAUCCCAGUUUGAACACGACAAAGACUUGGACGACAGCCGUGCCCGGCCACCUGACACGAUCCUGCCAAGGGAAGCGGUUGUGCCGUUAUCUUUUGAUUGAUUCCGAACGGCCAGACAGCCGAUGGAGAAUGCUGCAGUGUUACUUCAGCAUCGAUGGAAAGACCACCUCCCAAUGGAAGGAAGAGGAUCGGUGCGAUGGGGCAUGCUUGAGGAGGGCUGAAGAUGCACGAUCGUGGCGUGACAGACGUCUGGGGAUGGAUUCGGACGCGAGCAAGAUGUGUGCCGCAUUUAGGGAAGAGCAUCCGGGAGACCAGUGUGAAGCAGAGCCAAGAACACCGCAGAGAGCCCAGCGUGACGAAGACCCCACUAUGCAGAGGUUUGAACAUGAUCCCAGUUUGAACACGACAAAGACUUGGACGACAGCCGUGCCCGGCCACCUGACACGAUCCUGCCAAGGGAAGCGGUUGUGCCGUUAUCUUUUGAUUGAUUCCGAACGGCCAGACAGCCGAUGGAGAAUGCUGCAGUGUUACUUCAGUAUUCCCAAAAAAUGGGUAACACCAGAACAGGGGAACCACUCGGCUCGAACUGCUGGAAAUGGCACAGAAGUGGAAGUCCUCGUCCGGAGCCGGCAUCGCCACGUCCAGGUCACAGGAUAUUCAUCACCACGACCAGGGCGUCGCUCGAACUGCUGGAAAUGACACUCUCAAGGAUGUGCAUUGUAACUGGAGGUUGCAAAGAGUUUGCACCACCACACCCAGUCAUGGAUGGAAACAGAAUUUAUGAGAUGACGAGGUCAAGGAGAAUUGUCCACAGACGUGCACGGAUAAUGAAAGUCUUGUACAUCCAGGGGACGGCAGAGGUAUCCAGGGGCUCAGUACGCAUACCAAUCCUGGAACAGACUCUCUAUCUAACAGUGUGAAGCUUUCGCUCGGACUGUGAAUAUCUCGAUAACACACGUGUUUAUAUGCAUAGACGUUUUCAUCGCGUAUCGUAUUCUUAAACGCAAACACAAUUCUUAGUUCAGAUUGAAUCGCAAAGCAAGGAUUCGCGAAAGCCACGGACCAUCGCUAGACUAUUUUAUUGCCUUCGCUCAGAUCGAACUGUUGAAAAUGGAUUUGGACAAGACGCGUACCUCUAACCCCUUCAUUUGACGAGACAUGAUACCAAUCCCACAAGCACUGGAUGACAGCAUCCUUCAGGAAUCUCUUUACGACUGAUGCCAUGUGACGACGGGGGUACAUCAUGAGGCAAGAUGACACAAUGGAUGUGGAACCCUCGGCCCCUGAACGAUUGUCGCUAUGGGAGUCAUUAGCAACAGACUUCCUCUGGUGUAGUAUUGUAUAUUCGCUACCUGUAGGCCUCUGCAGAAGGAUACGUUGUAUUUUAUCGAAAUAUCUGAUUGAAAGGUGGUUUCAUUCCAAAUCUCAAUAUCAUCCGAUGGCAAAAAGCCUACUUCCAUUUUGUGGCCGUGACAAAAUGUCUGAACACACUUGGAACGUCUUUAAAAGACUUUCCAUCAGUCAUCGUCGGUCACUCCUCCUAGAUGAUUGUUGAUUAAGAACCAGAACCAGAUCCAAAUAAGUCAAGGUUCUGAUGUACCAGGUCAAAAUUUACUAUCGAGCUGUUAAAAGUUACUUCAUUUUUCUCCAAAAUCACCAAAUUGAUCAGAUAUUUCAAUUUUCCCAUCGAAUGAGACAUGGGGUCCACGUGAUUCUGGUUGGUUCGACCCCAGCCAACCAGAACAUGUGUUGUCUUUGAUGGAACCGUAGGCCUUAUGAACUUUCUCGAUCCAUUCAGUACCACGGAUGCCACCUGCGUUUAUUCCAAUCAGCUUCCGAUACCUGAUAGUGCCGGUCUCCAUUUGGGACAGAUAUGAAAUUGGCAAACUCUCGCCUCCAUUUUAUAAAAGUAUCUUAAAUUUCCUUAAACACGGUAAUUAUCCGGGUGCCUUUCAUUCUUGGUUUCAUCAAUGAUAUGAUAACCAAAGGUUAACCCCCAAGACCAAAACAAAUGCAAAAGAAUCGGGCUAAUUCAUUUCCAAAUUUUGAGAUUUCGUUGAAAUAUUUUGUUGAUUGAAAUUUUUCCAAAAUAUUCCAAAUUGAUGCUGGUUCCUGACCUUGCGGUCAAGUGGAAGAGGAGCUCAGUCUUUUCAUGAUAAUUAGUCCAGAAAGAUUCGUCUUGUUUCUUUCUGUGAGUUAUAAAGAUAACAACUGCCCCAUCAAGAAGUUUCCUGUGGUACAGAAUGGGUCAAGCAAGCUGUCGCCAACAUCAACGUCAAUGUCUGACGUUUUAUGUAUUAAUUUGUUAUGUUUGUAUAAUGAUACAAUAUGUGAAAUUUACAUAUAAAAGCCAUAAUACAUGUAAAGGUGAAUUCAAAAAGUUACUUCUAUUGUUAAACUCGUCCAAAGCAACCGCUUUUGUCAUGCAAAUGAGAAGACUGAUCUGAACGCCUGCUCUAGAGGGGCCCCUUUUGUCAUGCAAAUGAGAUCACAGCACAGUCCUGUUGAUCAUGACGAAAUUGGUUCUUUUGUUAUUUAAAUAACCCACUAAGCGAUGUCGUGCUGUUUCGGAUCAAUGAGGUCAAGGUUUGUGACCUGAAUACACCACAGCAGUUCACCUUGCUUGCAUUUACAAUGGUUGUCGCUGCAUGCGACUCAGUUUUUGAUCAGGAAAAACAUAAAUUAUGUAGAUAUUCUAGUGGAAAAUGGUUUCCCAAACAAAAUGAACAUAAACAACCGGACUGUGCGAGACGGCAUGUGUCCCAAAAGUGUUGCAUGUAUCAAUGGCUCUUUGCAUUAUUUUAGAAAUUUUGAAUUUCACACUGUUUAUUGAGUUGUUCCUCGGAGUUGUCUUUUGUCUCUAUCAAACUGGCUUUGCAGGCAAGUUCCUCAUAAAGCCAAAUGUCGUUCCAAAUGAUGGGUUGCGGGUUUCCCCUGCCUUGUACCUACAUUCUAAAUUGCCCUCAUACUCUUUGCUCAGUUAUAGAAGUGUGAGGCGCCGUCCACUCAAAAAUGUAAAUAGUUUUUGUUCAGAAUAUGCUUGCAUAUUAUCGCUGUUUUGGAGAAUGAAUUGCCCUGCGGUGUCAUUGUUUUGAUAUUGUUCUGUAAAAUCUUGAUAAA